CAGUCACCGGAAGUCGAAGCUGGACAGAAGACAGCAAGAGGGACUCGACACGCCUCCUCUAAAGAAAUGGCUAUAACAUACAGUUGCAUUACCAGGGGAACAACAAUCUUGUGUAGUCACCAGACAGGAUCGGGGUCAUUUGAGAAUGUGGUGCAGUCAAUACUGUCAAAUAUUCCCACAAGGAAUGAUGGCAAAACUACAUACCAGUCAGAAAGUUAUUUAUUCCACUGUGUGAUAGAAAAUGGCAUGAUUUAUUUGUGUGCUGCAAGUCCUGAUUUUGGGAAAAAACAACCUUAUGCAUACCUUGCUGAGAUUAAGAGGAAGUUCCAGAGUGGUACACUCUCUAUGAGGGCAGUGAGUGCUGGCCACCAUGAACUGGACAGUGAUUUUGGAUUCAUUAUGGCUCAGGAUAUGGAGAAAUUUUCUAAACCUGGUGCAGGAGAUCAUGUGAGUGCCUUACGAUCUCAGGUGGAUGAUGUCAAAAAUGUCAUGACACAAAACAUUGAAAGGGUAUUAGACAGGGGAGAAAGACUAGAGAAUUUAAUUGACAAAACAGAGGAGUUAGAAGCCAGUUCGUCACAAUUUCAGAAGACUGCGAGAAAAAUUCGAAAAAAAUACUGGUGGAAGAACACUAAGAUGAUGAUAAUCAUUGGUGUAGUGGUGUUUGUCAUCAUCGUAGUCAUCGUUAUCCUCAUCCUUAAUGGAACAGGUGUCUUCAAAGGGGACUCCAAGACCACAACAGUAGCUCCCUCCACUGUUAAAAGUAUUAGAUAAUAUAAGAAAUUUAUUGUUGUACAUUGGGGAAAAAAAAGACGAAAUGAGUUGUAUGUGGUGCUAAAUGGUGGACUGACUCAAAAUGCUCAUGAUUUUAAUGAAAUUUUUAUUUUAAUGUACAUAUAUACAUGUAUAUUGAUUCAGUGGUAUAAGUAUGUAAACUCACUUGUUUGUUUCUUUUUUUAUUUCUGCACACUAGAAGGAUUAAAGGUUACAUUGUCAAAUUAAGUCUGAAGAUUACCUGUCCAUGCAAUUCUGUUUAUUUUUGUCUGCUAGAAAAAAGUUUUAAUUUAUCAGAUAUCUUGUAUCUUGUAAGGAAACUUCAGAAGUUUGUUAGUAUCCUGUUGAAUUUCUUUGAUUUCAUAAAUCAUAACUGUGUUUUAAUUGUCAAAUAGAGCUGGUGAUCAAAUCUUGUACACUUGAACUUUGGUAUCUCGAACACUGAUAUCUCGAAUACCAUGGAUAUGUCGAAGUGAAUAGGAAGUCACAACCACCUAUUCUUUCAGUAUUCAGCCCUUGAUAUGUUGAAUACUCUGAUAUCUUGAAGUUUUCUCUGGGUCCCAUUGAGUUUGAGAUAAUGAGGUUUGACUGUACAUUGUUAUAGUAGGCCAAAGUUAAAAUUGUGCCCAAGGAAUUGGGAUAUAAAAAAAUCUAUUUUUAUUUAUUUCCAGUAUUCAAAUUCAUAUGAUCUCUUUGAAUACUGCAAAAUCACUAAUUUUUGUGCAGGGGUUAAUUUUCGUUGUUUUCAAGGUAUGAAAUUAAAAUGUCAUAAACAUAACUACGCAACAAUCCUUCAUCAACAAAAUCAAAUCCCCACCAACCCAUACUUUUUCCUCAAACCUCGAAAAUUUGACCCCACAAAAAUAUGUGAUUUUACAGUAUUAUUUUACAUAUAUAUUAGGAACAUGCUGUAUGAAUAAAAAUAACAAAAUAUCAGUAGUAUUUAGUUUGAAAUACAAUGGUGUAUACUUCUUUAUGAUAAGAUAGACUAGCUCUAAGUAGUUAAUAACGGUGUCCAAUUUCAGGUAAAUCUCUCUUCAUUUUUGGUUGUUAGUUAACCUGAAUCAAAGGCUGUUUCCUUCAUUUAUUUUUUUUUUUUUUCGGUGGUGGGGGGUUGUUGUUGUUGUGUUGUACACAAGUGAAUCAUGCUUGUCUAGUUGCCUGUGACACAUCACUUUAAUUUUAACUGGAGAUGCGUUAUAUUAUUCUUGCUUGUAUGUAACCCUGAUUUUUGUUUUGAUUCACUGACAAUGUAUUGUUGGCAGACUUGUAUUACACAUACAUUAGUGAUCUUUCUAUGCUGAAAAUGUAUAUGUUCAGUUUUUUUUAUGUGCUUGAUCCAAGGUCCAAGAGUUAAACUGGCUCCAUUUUUCAUUAAUCAAAUGAAUGUUACAGAGCUAUACGAAACGUGGAGUGAUAUUUGUACAUUGCAGUAAUGCAUACAUUUUUAUUCAUAAACUUUUAAGAUAUUAUGAUCUUUUGAUCCAGAAGCUUUUUAGUUAAAUAAAUGAUGAUCAAUAA